AUGCAUCUCCCUCUCAGGCUUUCCGUCGACAUCUUCAUGCUGGCUCUCGGCGCCGCCCUCGGCUACAUGCUCGGGGCGAAAAACGGCCAAGUAAUCCAGCAGGCCCUUGGCAUAGGCGCCGUCGUAAAGCCGAGCGACGCGAGAAGCGGCGACGGCAGCGGCUACGGCGGGAUGAGCGAGAGAGACAAAUCGCUGAGCGGCGUGUCAAUGAGGAGAAACGACGCGCUGGAGAAGACUAACAACUUGUGCUUUGCCGGUGGCAUGGAUCCAGCUGACCCAGACAUCUCGCCCGAGGACGUUGAAGAGGCCAAACGUGACAUCAACCAUGACCCGGACACCGUCAACAUUGCCGUUGCGGGCAAUGCCAACGCCGGCAACAUGAAGUCAUCACUUCUCAACGCCAAUCGAAACUUGAGCAACGACAGCCCUGACUGGGCUCCCACCGGCGGCUCAGAGGUGACGAGGCACCGACAUCGCUACCCUGAUCCGGCGCACAACUGCGUGUGGCAUGAUCUUCCAGGAGCUGGAACACAGAGCGUGACGGCGUUUGGCUACGACUAUAGCCAGAAGCUGUUUGCCUACGACAAGGUCGUUCUGGUGCACGAAACGACGCUGACCGAGGUGAGUCUCACGAUGCCGAUGCUGGUGUCAGGUAAUAGACAGAAGAGAGUGUUUGUGAUUAAUGGUUUGCCCGCCCAGUCCGAUGUUCGUCUUCUGCAGGUCUGCAGGGUCUUCAAACAGCCGUGCAUCGUCGUCAGGACAAAGUCGGACAUGCACAUCUACAACUACCUCAAAGAGAGACGCACUCCGAAGCGUACUCCGGAAGAGGCCAGAGAAGACUUCCUCAGCGACGUGCGACAAGAUGUUGCUCGUUUUAAGGAACAGGCCGAGGCGUCACAGGCCAGGUUUGUGCCCAAGUUUCACGAUUUUGUCGUCUCGACGGCGGGGGUUGAGGCUUUUGUUCGGAUGACAUGGUGGAUGAGGCUGGUUUCUUUGAGGAAUUGGAGCGACAAGAAUAUGAUAGUGACAGCUAGAGUCGAGAAACUCGUCAAGUAA